AUGGUUUCUGGCGUGGCCCGUCGGAUUUUUUUGCGCGGGUUGGUACGUCUGUCUGUCGCCGUUCGAAGCCUGUGUAGAUGCCAUGAAGGGACUGACGGAGCUGUUGAUGCGUGGUGUGAAAUUACCCUUGGAAGUAGCUCAGCAUAUGGUCGAGGGAAAGCAGGGAUGGUAAACGAAAGACGCAAGAUACGCCUUGACCUUUUAUAUAACUGCUUUGGUUGGAUCACAUUAUCCUGUUUUUGUAGCAUGGGCCAUUUUAAUAUUGCUGGAGUCAUUUAACUGUAUAACACGGGAAAAGUUUGGAAAUCAAUAGCUAGUCUACGAUAUGCGAUCAAUGCUUCGAUGUACGUUGUUUUGUUUGAUAUAGAAAAGCCCUGUUCGUUCAACCGAAACUGGAACUGAAUUCGUGCUGCUUCACUGAAUCUUUAGGUACUAUAUGCUGUCAGACACUGCUUAUAUCACAAUUAUGGCGGUUCGUUAGGUAAAGAAUUGUACCCAUCGACUCAAUAUUCACUGCUUAAUUGUUACAUAGAAAUCUACCCUUUACACGUGUGCCUUGAAUAAAAUUAUUCUGAUUUUGACUGAUUUGUGAUUUAUUGUUUAUUGUCCUUUUAUUACUGUAAAAAUGCCCUUGAACUCCGCUUUGUGGUAGUCUAUUUUGCCUCUCCGAAGUUGCCCAGAACGUUCUUACUGUCAGCUUAAAUUUUCCCUGGUGGUCGUGCGAGAUCAGUUCGAGGUCUUUCAAGAGACUGUCUUCAACGCCCAGUCACACACGCAAGUUGAUUAUUCAGCGAUAUUGUAUUUUACCCUACUAGUAUGCAAAAUCAAUUGCUCAUGAUAAUAAAUAAUAAUAAUAAUAAAAUAUUUAUAUAGCGCUUAUACUUUUCAGUUCAUGCUGAAUAAAGAAUGGCAAUGCAUAUACUCCCUGGUGAAAACAUGGUGAUUAGGCCGUUAAAAAAACGUUUUAGUCUUUUUCGUGGGCGCGUAGUAUGGGUCUUAAAGGGAAGCACAAAAAAAUCAGCGCAGCUUCUUCUCGAUUUUUUCGGAGGUUUAGUGGGUUACAUUUGUACUCCUGGUUUGUAUGUGUCACGCGAUGAUCAAUUUGUUACACAACUGUCAAUAUUCCAUCAAACGAGAAUUGACGUAGCCUUUAGGGGCUCGUCACGCGUGGGGCAGGAACGCGUCGCAAGAACGUCUACGUGGGAGGCUAGAAAUUGAAGGUCCUGUACAACUUACGCAAAUUUCUCUCAAACUCAACCCGAUAUUUUUGCAAAGUGUCUACAUAUCUUCAAUGAGGUAUAAAGCGAAAUACUUUCUUGAUGAACUUCUUUUCCUUUCUUUCUUUUCAAGUCAUGUGAAAUUUUAAAACUCAGCGAGAUUUUUUUUUUAUUUUCAAGUUAGCAUCCAUGUCGUUUUUAAACAUAUACUAACUUUUAGCACUUGCGUGACAACAUUUACGUCCUCAGUGAUGACAGACAACAUAAACUCGUGACUCGCAACUCGCCCAGACGAGCUUCAGCAACAUCACAUCACGCUUCUUUCAUGGCAUAAAACCCGAGUUCCAGAUUUUUGUGUGAAAAUUCUAAUUAAACAAGGAGAGAGAAAAAAAGGUUGGUGAAAUUUACUAUUUUAUGCUUACCUUAGGUAACGGAAACUUAAAAAUAUGGACUAGCAUUAAGAUUACUCAACUUUAAUAUUAAACUCGUGAUUUAUGUAUUUCCGAGGGCUCCUAAUUAAGAGCUUUUCUCAGAAAUGACUUUGCUGCUCAACUCAUAGGUUUUCAUGUAAUAUCAGGUAUAGACAAUAACAGUAUGAUCAGAAAUAGCUUUUUCGUGAAGCGACAAUUUUACGUUUAUUUUGGUUCAAAACCUGUUUAUCGAUGAUUUUCAUAUGACCUGACGAAAGAGUUAUUAAUAUUAAUGAUGAUAACUAAAUUAUGAUAAUGAUUAAUAGUUAAAACUAAUAUGAUAAAAAUUAAUGAGAGCGCAUUGCAUCGAAGGAACCAGGAACUAAAACAUAUCCACAGUUAGCCUAUCAGAACGCACUUGAAACGCUCUUUUUAAAAACAUGUACUUGAACGGGGAAGUUGAGUCUCUUUUGGGGCUUUAAUGAGGCUUGUGACAGGGUGACAUUAGGCCCCGGGGCGCGGGUACUCCCUAUAAUGGCAUAUACGGGGAGGCUCCGCUCGAAAGGGGUACCCCAAAGGUUAGGGAUUAGAUGAAGUAAUUGAAAGGGCAGGGAAAUCUGUCAUUUCGGUUUUUCAAAGGCCCAACAGAGCUAUCAGAUGUAUUGUAUGGCUGUGGAAAAGUCGAGAAAACAUUCUGGUUUUGUGAUUACUUCACAUUUCAAAGACAGCACAUUUAGGGAUGCAAAGCUCUAAUCUAGGUAUGUGAAGGGGGAAGGAUUUGUCAAUAGAAGGUAUACGAAAGCGGGGGGGUGGGGGGGUACCUUUUCUUCAAAAAAUGGUAUAUAAAAGGGUAAGUAGUUGGAUCCUGGGGCGGAGCCUGCCCGUAUGAAACUGCACCCCCCCCCCCCUCCGGCAUUAGGCCAUUUAUCCUUUAGUUAGCUGUUGUGAAUUUCCUUUAUAUUAAAGCUUGUCCUUCCAUAUUUUUACGUGAAACAGGUAAAAAAAAUCCAUAGCUGACUCGCUUGGACCGGAGGUUAACCUCAUUGCAAAAGAAGAAGUAGCAGUUCGACCUUUUCACUCAAGAUGACUGGAAAACAGAUCCUAUGGGCAAUCGCGUGGUUUCUUGUCCUUAUAUUUUUGGCCUGGCCAAUAGGAUUCUUCUGCGCUGGUUGGUACGUUUGCCUAUGUCCGUUUGAAGCCUGUAUUGAUGGAAUGAAGAGCAUCACAGCCCUACUUAUGAAGGGGGUCAGCUUGCCGUUCGGUGUCGCGCAUCGUAUGGUUAAAGGAAAAAGCUACUCGUCGAUUUGA